GCUGGGACUGGGAGUCACCGCAGACGCCAUUUCCUCAGCGCCCCCGCGGCGGCGCGGCUGCAUCAGCGCUGACGUGAGACCGACGUGCGGCUCCGCCCGGCCCAAUCCCCCCCACCCCCUGUGACGGGGGCACCACGUACAGGGCGGCGGUGCAGGCUUUGGUAGGAGAGAGAGGGAGCAGAAGAGAACCAAGCUCUUGUUUUAAAACUCGCAACUUCCGUUAUGACUAAAAAUGCCAAGAAAUACAGAAAAGCAACUGCCAGACAGAUGACCAUGGAAAUGGUUGAAUCACGACAGGAUGACAGUGCAGGGGAUUGUAUGCCAGAGAGAGAUGCUGUUCGUCUUCAGAAUCAGCCAGGCCGAAGUCAGACUUCUCAAGGGUCUGAGGUUUCUGUAGCUGCAUCAAGUGCUGGAAGAGGAUCUCCAGCUCUAACUCUAGUGCAGUUGCCUUCUGGUCAAACUGUUCAUGCCCAGGGUGUCAUUCAAGCCACACAGCCCUCAGUCAUUCAGUCACCACACAUGCAAGCUGUUCAGGCAGCAUCGAUUGCAGAUGAAUCUGCAGAAUCAGAAGGGAUAACUGAUUCUCAAAAACGUAGGGAAAUACUUUCAAGAAGGCCUUCGUACCGAAAAAUUUUGAAUGAACUCUCAUCAGAUGCUCCUGCAAUACCGAAGAUUGAAGAAGAAAAGUCAGAUGAUGAAGGGGUACCUUCUGGAAUUCCUGCAAUGGCCAUGCCAGCCGGCCUGUAUCAUUCUAACACAGGGCAAUACAUUACUAUAACUCAAGGUGGUGCAAUCCAGAUUUCUAAUCCAGCCUCUGAUGGUGUCCAUGGACUACAGACAUUAGGAAUGACAAAUUCAGGAGCUCCUCAGCCAGGUGCUACCAUUGUGCAAUAUGCAGGACAAUCACCUCAUAGCACACAGCAGUAUUUUGUUCCUGGAAGCCAAGUUGUUGUUCAAGCUGCCACUGGAGACAUGCCAGCUUACCAGAUUCGAACUCCCACUACUACCUUACCUCAGGGAGUGGUAAUGGCAGCCUCACCGGGGACUUUGCAUAGCCCUCAGCAACUGGCAGAAGAGGCAACUCGCAAGAGAGAGCUGAGACUUAUGAAAAAUAGGUACCUACAUGAGACCAUUUGCAAGAAGAGGUGUUAUCUCUCACUUCCCACAGCCCCAUCAGUUGAUUUAAAAGGAAACGGGCUGCCUUUUGGGCUCACAGGCUCUGCUGCAGGUAGGCAUUGCUCCAGACUCUCAAGGGAUUUGGAAACUUAAGAGGAAGAAACUUGGGCAUGUAGUAGAUGUCUCCGCAGUAAAAGCUUUUCUUUAUCUUCCCAAUACUAUCUGGUACUAACUGUAGUUGGCAAUUUUAUAGGAGAAGUCCUUGUCUAUUCCACAUCUGUGUAGUCAACAGUCAUUCCUUUGCUAAUACUUUUAAAGCAUUUGAUUAAUGUUUAUUUUUUAUUUAAAUAAUUACUUGAGUGUGGGUGGUGCUUUGUUAAUAAUGGGAGCUAAAUGCUCUUGGUGUGGGUUUGGUCAUUCUGGAAAACUCCCAUUUGAUCUGUCUAUCUACACCAGGGAAAAGUAUCCUGCUUCAGAAAAGUCAACUGCACAGAACUUGGCUCAUUUAGACUGAGACUAGGGAAAAAAGUAAAGUUUAUGAUGUAUAUAAUUCUUUCAUGCUUGGUAAUUCAGUUUGGUAUAGUAUUAAUUUGACAGAAUUAGCAACACACAUUUCUGUAUAUUAAAGUGAGAAUGAGUUUGUUGAUGAAUAAGAACAUUUAAGAUUAAAGUCAGUAAAUUAGAACCAAGAUGUGUCUUGUGAAGGAAAUAACUUAUUUGAAAAUGAGCAAAGGCAGGCCUGCACAUAUGCCAAGAAUCUGUUGUCAAAUUGCUACUGCAGAAAUGACUACUUAAAACAAUAAAUCCAGUAGUGAAUUGGUUUAACAGAUGUACAUUGAAAACUUUGUGAGAGAAUUCCCUGAGAGUAAACAAAGAUUUGAAGGAAAAGUCAGCGUACUAGUGGGGUUUGUCAGAGAAAUAAUACCAGAAUACUUACGUGAGACGGGACUGCAGGAGCCUGGGUCUCUGUAUAUCGGUAUAUCAGAAGAUUAAAGCAAUAGAUAGGACAUAUGCUAGGAUACACAAAUUAAUUUAGAUUAUAAAGGAAAAUAAAUCAUACUAAGUCUUCCUUCAGCUUAAGUUUCCUCUUUAAAGGGUCAUGAUAGCCCUCAAGUUUUAGAUUGGUGUGGGACUCAUUUUAUUUGACAUCAGUGUCAUGUUUCUGAAGGUAUGGCAGCACUGGAAUCCAGAGUAGGUGCACAUGUGCUGUGAAUGAGAAGAGAACUUUUGAAUUCCUGUCCACCAAGCUUGCAUUUGUGCAUGUAAGUCCUGUGCUUGCUAGUGCUCCUCUGUAAGGGCAGAAAAGGUGAAAUUGUUACUUCUUCCUCUUCGUGAAAGAAACUGAAAUUUGACUGGGGUCUGAAUCUGUAACUGCUAAAGUUCUUGGGAGAUGACUAUGAUGCAUUUUUUGAGCUGUGCUGCCUAACAGUCUGGGCAAAACUGGUUAUGUUUGUAUAAUGGCACCCACUUUCUGGAUACCAGGCCAAGAAAAGGUCAGUUUAUAAUGACUGUAUUGAACUUCUUAGGGUAAAUCUUAAUCAAAAUCAGUUACUGUUCUUUUUACUGAGGAUAUAUUUUGAUGGGAGAAACUGCUUUGUGCACUUUAUCGGUAUCUUCGCUUUCUGACCAGUUUUGGUUUAUCAAAAGGCCAAACAAUCUUGUUGCAGAGAAUUACCAAGUGGAUCAGACACUGAGCUCAAAGUAUUUUCUUCAGUGACAAGAACUGGAAAAGCUGUCCCUUUGACUUUAUUCAUGUCUCAUUCUUUGUGAUAUAGGUAUGAUAGACCCAUCCUUCUUCCUAUAAGUAUAAUCAUCUAAAAUCGUACAGUGCAAGCAUGCAAACUGUUAUUUUUUGUGAAAGGGUUUGGCUAUCAAUCACAUACCCAAGGAAACACAGUAUCAGUGGCUGUUGUGGUUUAUGUGUGUACUGUGACUUGCCCUCUGUCCUCAUUUUGCUACUUCAGUUCCCAGUUGAACUAGGCUUUGGGUUCAGUAUUCUUUCCAAAGAACUCAGCCACAAGAUCAAAACACACCUUCUGCCUUGUUGCAUGUAUGUGGUGUUCUAAUGCCUUUUCCCACAUUUGGUGCUGUUUCUGCUCUCAGAGGUUGCUAAGAAUCUGCAAAUAGCAACUGAAGAGGUGUUCAGUCUUAAUUAUCUUACUCAAUCACAGUCUCAUUUGACAAGGCUGGGAAGCACCUACUUCUCUAUUAAAAACAUAGCUCUGAGCUCUGGAUACCAAUAUAAUUUCCAAAGGAAUCUGAUUCGAGUUCAGGUUUGUGAAGCAGAGUGCCUAGUGUGGUGUAGGAAAAAGGCCUUUUGAACAUGGUAUUAGUACAGAAACAUUAAAUGAAUCCGAGUUUGUUUAUUACGAAAGAAUCUGAGCACUGCCCAAGCUUUGAUUUAUCAGAGCCAGGAAUUUUGUUUUUUUAGUACCAGGAAAAAAAAGACUUAAAUUCUUGUGAUCUUCAUUCCAUAAGAAAACUGCAUCCCUUCGGUACAAAACUCUUGCUGAAGCCAUGCAGCUGUUUGCAGAUUUCUUUGCAACAGAUAGCUGGAGGGUCUGCUUUUACUUUACGGGAAGCUGUAUCCAAGACUGCAUGGAUGUUAUUUUGUUUUUCAAAUAGAAUUUCACAUAGCUCAGGGGAAAUGGUCUCUUGAAAAAUGUCUUCAGCGUCCUAGAGUUGUGGGUGAUGAGGAAUGUAAUAGUCAGCUUCCUCUUAAGGUACAGCUUUGAGUCAUAGCUGUUUUCUUCCCCAUCUAAAUGGAGCAGGGAGCAGAGUUACAAAGAGAAAUCUCUAGGUUAUCUGGGCAGAGCUGUCUCUUGACUGUGUUAAACAGCCUCAGCUGUUGUGACCUGGAAAAAAGGGAUUAAAAUAAGUAUAUUUUGUGAGUAGGUGUGGGUUUGGGUUCUUUGGGGUUUUUUUUUUUUUCUGUUUGGUUUGAUUGUUGGGUUUUUUUGGGGAGUGGGAGGUGUGAUUGUCACUUCUCAUGGAUUUUUCUGUUUGCAAGAAUAAUUGUAGAAUUUUCUGUCUGCACUGAUACAGUCCUAAGGAAUGCAAGCUCUGUUGUCUCUCACUUGGUUCUCCAGGGUUUUCCUUUCCUUAUCAAACAUAAUUGCUUAUCUGGUACCAUUAUCCCGUUGACAUCAGUGUAAUAGCUAAAUCCAGUGUGAUCUUUUUCUGAAUGAAGUAUCACUUCAAAGAAAACAAAGGGGUCUGCUCAGCUUCUGGUUUGGAUUGACUCAUUUUGCCCACUUUUCUUCUGCUUAAAAUCCACUUGGUGUUCAUGUAUGUGGGGGUGUACAUGACAGGAAUGUAUUGACUGCUGAGCUGUUCAGCAGCUGAUAAAAGUAGCUGCAUUUUGAUUGUUAGCAUUCCUGUAUAAAGCAUUGUCUUAUGGGGAGGGAGUUUAAUUUGGUUGGGGAUUUUUUUUAAGGCACUAUGAGGCUCUUCUGGAUGAGCGAUAAGAAUAAUUUUAUUAUUUCAGCAAAAAUUAUGUUAGUUCUAAUAUUUGCUUUAUUUAAAAAUUUGAGGAAAAUGAGAUAGUUUAUUUCUAGGGCAAUUUGAUAGUAUCUCAUGUAGACUGGCAAUGGCAGGUAGGAAAAAAUCAGUUAAUUCUUUUUCUGUCUCUAAUAAAUCUUAUCCAGUUCAUUUUCUCAGGUUUCUGGUUUUUUCCUACUUCAGAGAUAGAGCUUUCUUCUUGCAACUUGCUUGGUAGACAUAGUUAUGAAGCAGAAGCUGUGUAUAUGCACAAAGUCUCAAAGAGAAAGAGGGUAGUAUGGCAGUUGAAUGCAGUGUGUAGACUAAGGAAAAAAAAUAACUUCAUUGUAUUCUGUUUGACUUGAAUGGAAAAAACAGCGAAGGAAGUGUCUUUGUUAUGGUAACUGCUGAGGUUUUUCCUCUCCUUUAAUAGCCAUAUCAGUGGAAUCGGGUGUGAUUAAUACAUCUCGUGAAUGGAAUUAUAACUAUAAAAAUGUCACAAAUCAGAAAUCUGGUUACCUAGCCAAGCCAUUGUUUUAGUUUUGUAGUUUCAAAAAUACAAUUUCCAAAUGGCCUCGAAUGAGGUUUUUAAUGGUCUCAUUUUCAUGAUUCCUACACACACUCUCUCCUCCUCCCUCCUCCCCCCUCCCCCCCACCCCCUCCCCCAAGUGGUUGUGCUCACACCAGGUAAAAGCUGCUGUGGAGUUGUUUAACAAAACCAGUUGGGACCAUAGUGUCUGCUUCUUCCAAAGUAGUUCUCUAAAGAUUUAAUUUAUUUAUUUGUUUGUUUUCAGCAAGGUAUUUAUCAUGUUUCCAGCUUUCAUUCAUUCUUACAGAAGCGAGAGAACUCCAAACACAUUUUUACAUUUUAUGCAUACUGAGGUGUUUGCUUGAUGAAAUCAGUUUUGGAGAACUAAAUUCUCAAAGGUCCUGGUUGUAUGAACUAAAAGCUUUCAGAAGUUUGUCAGCUGCCGUACAAACAAGAAAAUGCUUAAAUCCUUACACACCUGCCUCUUUACCAUUGAAGUUGUCACUUGCUUUGUAUUAAUCUUGUUUCCUAUGAAAUGACAGGCACUCAUCUGUGUCUGAUUUCUUCUAGUAUGUUUUGAACCUGAUGGUCGAUUUCAGUUAAAGUUGAUAGAUAUGUCAAAGAUCCCUCAAACUCAUGAAAAUUGGUAGUUACCAAAGAGGACAUGGACUUACAGAAUGAAAAGCUACAUUGUAAGCUUUGUUAGGUAUAAGAAAACCUACUUGGAAUUCUCUUCUGUUAGAUUUCAGAGAAUUAAUUCACUGAUUGCAAGUGAAUUGAGGUUUCCUUAGUUUUAUUGCUGACAACUAUUUGUUUUGGGCGGGGGCUCAACAUAAUUUCCAUGGAAUACACUGUAUUUAUUUAAAAGGAUAAUCUGUUUCUAGAGAAAGUGUAUUGUAUUAAAAAGCUUAAAUACCUUGCAGACCUAAGCUGUUGGGUCUGAAGUUGGUUUCUGCCUAUUCGCUAAGCCAACAGUAGUUAACUAAAGGACAGUGGAAUGUACCCAGAUAAAACACUUGCUGGAUGCUGUCUCAGAUUUGAACAGUUACUGACAAUACUGCACACUUCAGCUAGGCAAAUAUGUUAAAAGUAGUCUGGCUUUGAAAUACACUAUUUACAAUAAAAAAUACUCACUGCCUUUACUGUUGCAUUGUAAUAGCUUUAAGUAGAGAAUCUGGUGGUAGUUUACUCGGUUAAAUUUGAAAUGCUGGUAAUUUCUGACCUUUUGGGUUAAAUUCAAAGCAAAAAGAUGUUUUUUCCAGCUGUUUUAGAGUGACACCUUGUGGAGUAUAAGUGUCUACACUUUAUUUCCAAACUGAUUAAGCAGACGAGUGAUAUUACAGAAGCAAAGUAUUUCUUGUAUCCUAUGAUACAAGGGCAGGGUGAUGGGAAGUGGGGUGUUCUGUGGCUAUUGAGAACAAAACCUAAUUUUUCCUGCUGCUCCUGUAUCAAUGUGUAGCUAGUAAUAAGUGAUUUAUAAUUUGAUAGCCUUCUAACAGGAAAAAAAAUCAUAUUGACAAAUUUUCAAUAUCUUUUGAAAUUUAGUGAAGGAAAAUCAAAUAAUGCAAUUUUAAUUCAGGCAUAUGGAAAUACCAUUUUGGAAAUAGAAAGCGGGGAUACAAAGUGGGAAUACAGAAACCAGGAAAAGAUAAAGGCACAGUGGUGAAGGAAGUCCAUUCUUCAGGCUGGAUAGAUUUCACUUUUCUAAUUGCUCACUUUUGCAUUACAACCAUGAAUAUGUGUAUUCCACCUCAUAGUCUCAUCUGCAAGCGGUUGGCUGUACGCACAGGUUAUACACAGGACUGUGUAGUGUUCUGUCAUAGCUCCUGUGAAGCCAGUACUGAGCACCUAAACUGAUUUUUCUUUUCCUCAUUCAAGAGAAUUAGCCAAAUACAUGAGAUGUGAUCUCGAGAUCUAGAACAAUAAAUGAAUUUCCAUAUGGUAAGUUAAUGGGCCUGUUCUAUGAAAAAUGAAAAGAUAUGUGGUUUCAGAAUUAAUAUUAUUGUGAGAUUCAUGUAAAUAUUUAUAUAAUCUAAUUAACAGUUAAAUUAGUUACUAAUACCAUGCAAUUUCCAGUCAUAAAUGUAAUAUUAACUUGGUCACAGUUUAAAGCUGUUUUUAAAGUUCAUGUUGCAACUGAGACACUCCUGAGAGGGUCAGUAUCCACUCGCAUUGUAGCGCAUGACUGCAAAGCUUAUAAAGCAGAUUUGCUGUCCCAGCUUUUCCAGUGCAGCUGGUUUGGCCCAUGUUAGACCUGGUUGUAUAUCCCUUCCCCAGGCUGGUGCAUUCCUGAGGUUAGAAAUGUUAUGUUCAAACAACAUUUAACAUCAGCUCUUGCUGUUCGAGUAGAUCAGUUGGUUUCACAGACAAAGCCCUUCUGUUUCCAGUAUGCCUCCCCUUCUCCCCACUUCCUGGAAUAAAAGAAGUAAGUGCUACAUUUCUUUAGCCAAUAUUUUAGCCCUGCAAAUGCUGAAGUCUUCUGCUUGGUCUCCGGUAUCUGCCAUUAGCGCCCUGGGGAUCUGAAAUGGAUUUUCCCACAGUUGAGCUCUUUUCUUUUACUAACAGCAGAGGUCUCACUGUCUGACUUGAAAACAUAGGAGGGGAGAGGAGAAAGAACUCGGGCGAAUACGCACCGCAUUAUCUGCAGGCUUCAGUUCAGAGCCAACUCAUAGGUGCACUUAUACCAGAUAUCCUUAAUAAAUGACUGACAACAGAACCUCUGCUCUCUACUGGACAUUCGCCCAAAACUUGAUAUAAGGGAACUUAAACAAGUUAUUCUUGUUUCUGCAAGCAUCACUUUCUGUCAACUCCUUUUAGUUUGUUUUGUUUUGCCUUUUUUUUUUUUCCCUUCAAAGUCAUCUCUGGGACUGAUGGCUUUUGUAGCAGAGUUUGACCCAGCUGCCUAGGUAACAAUGUUCAAGUUUGAAUUUUUCUCUAGAAAGGUUGCCAGCUUCCACCUUUGGAAAUGGAACUCGUUACUCUUCUUUGUUCAUACUUCAUGCUAAGGGAAUGGCUACAGGGAUUUCAAAGAGCUUUUUCAAGUGUACUAAGGUAAAAUAAAGGCAUAUGCUCAAAUGUGAAGGUAGGAGAAGCUUCCCCCCAGCAAAAAGGGCACCCCGGUAAUAAAAUCACCAAAGCUGUGCUCUAAAGCUUUGUAACAGACCUUAAAUCUGGUCAAAGCUUUUCCUUGUGCACUGCUCUGCCCCCUGCAAAGGUUUUGAAAAUACAAAAUUUCAACUGUACAGCCAGUCUAAAGUGUCUGCAAGAAUCACUUUACAGCAGGUUAUGUGAAAAGUCUGAUUCCAGAAUGCUGAAACUCUAAGAAAAUAAACCUAGUGCAUACAUGGCUUUAUUAUGCGCUGCAGAAAGAUUAGAUUUAGGAGAGAGGAAAACAUGAGUAACAGUGUCAACAUCAACUUAAUUUUUGGUUAGGGUAUAGGGCAAUUUCA